UGAGCUGCCCACAUUCAACGUUCGAAGCUCCCGACAGGUGGGCGCGACAAUUUACACGCGACAUUCAAAAUAUUUAACGACGAUCCCCUCAUCCCUCCAGCACAACACAAUACACAGCUGGAACCUACCUCUGUUCUGUUCAUUAAAAUAUAUUUAUCUCCUUUUUUUUUGCGUUUGGUGUGUUAAGAAGAAAAAGUGUUUGCCAUGCAGCUGAACGAGCAUUAUCGAAAGAUUAUGAAGAUCCUGAUCUUUGCAUUCCUGUGCACUGAGAUGCAGACGACGUUCACGCAUCGCGACUUGGCCGCCAAGCAGCGCAGCAUUGGCUUGGCCCCAACCGGCGGAGACCUGACAGCCCUGGGCAGGAGUGCCGGCGCCGCCUGUUCAACGGUGGCCUCAUACCAGGCCUCCAUCCGUCUGCUGGCCCACGAGCGCGACUACUUUGGCAAGGGACACAUCUGCUCGGGUGCCCUGGUGGCGCCCUCGGUGGUGCUCACCGUGAGCAGCUGUCUCUACAGCCAUAGCCGCAGGAGUCACUAUCAUCCGUCGGAGCUGCGCGUCAUGCUCGGCAAUCCUCAGCGCUUUGCGCCCAACGAAUUGGGACUCAUCCUGGGCGUAACGCAUGUCCACCAGCCACCAAAGGAACUGGCCCUCGCCAUACUAAUGCUGGAGCGGGAUGUGCCAGUGGAUCAUCCCCAGAUACAGCCACUGCUGCUGCCCAAUCCAGAUCGGCCGUCCAGUUCGCUGCGGGACCAAACCCUGCAGAUCAGCACUUGGGGCUACGACGGUCACAGCCGGGAGCUGCACGACCUCCUCACACUGAAUGCCACAAAGACUUUCUGCCAGACGUCCCAGCCGCCGCCUCAGUCUCAGCCUCAGAUAAUCUGCGUCGAAGCGGAGGGUUUGUCAUCGACCGGGGGAAAGCUCUUCAUGGAUGCGGGCGCCACGCUAACGGAGCGGAAUCAACUGCUCGGUCUGCGCAGUGCGGACGGUGGUGGCUUCGUGGAGGUGGCCAGCCAUGUGGAGUGGAUCCUCACACAAAUAGGCGAUGGCACCAAUCAGAACAGCUCCUUCUGGGGUGUCCUAUUGUUCCUCUCCUUCACCGGGUAUGUGCUGACGGUGAGCCGAAAGUCGCUGCUCGCCUAGGGCGGCAGCAUAUCGGGAUAUCUGGAUAUCUGUAUGAUUUUUAGAUUUAUUCCUCAUUCGAAUGGAAUGGAAUGGAUUGGAUUGGAAUGGAUAUAUACAGUGGAUUCUGCCUAGAACUUAGACAUAGAAUGAACAUGGAAUGUGAUAAUCUCGUAGAGCUCGUAGAAAUCUGUACAGAUCAUAAUUAAUAAUACAUUAACAAAUAAAUAUAUA